UUUUUUCCGAGCUUUUGCGCAGUGACCUUGUGACCUUCACCUAGUAUGUAGUUCGCCAGUACUUCUUUACUUUCCUCGUGAACACACUACCCUGCAAAUUCAAUCACUACGAGGGGGCUCCCAAAAGAGCGCGAAAUACUAGCAAAGCAUGACUGACAAGCAACAAGAGACACCGAGGGCGGAAGAUGCGGAUCAUAGCCUGGAGGACGUCGUUGUUCCUGAUGAGCCGGCGAAAAGCGAAGCAAAGAAGGAAGAAGUGCCUCCAGUCGGCUACCAUAAGCUGUUCAGCACUGCCGAUGCAUGGGAUGGCAUACUCAUGAUCCUUGGAUUCAUCGGCGCUGCUGGCAACGGCACGCUCCUUCCGCUGUUUGCCGUUGUCUUUGGAGAAUUCACGGAUGCAUUCGGCACUGGUCCAGGCAACCCGAAGUUCAUGUCGCUCGUCAGCAGCAUCGCCCUCAAGUUCCUUUACCUGGGCAUCGCCGCCAUCGUGGGUUCCUACCUGGAAGCGGCGCUGUGGAUGUACACCGGCAACCGCCAGACCAACCGCCUGCGCACGCGCUUCCUCACGGCGGUGUUGCGCCAGGACGUGGCGUUCUUUGACGUGCACUCCACCACGGGUGGCCUGGUGCAGGGGCUGAAUGAGGACAGCAUCGAUGUGCAGAACGCGAUCAGCGAGAAGCUGGGGGCCUUCAUACACCACCUUUCCACCUUCAUAACGGGUUUCAUCAUCGGCUUCGUGAAGGGCUGGGAGAUGACGCUGGUGAUGCUGGGCUGCAUGCCCUUCCUCGCCAUCAUCGGGGGACUGCUGGCCAAGGGAACCCAGAUGGCCAACAGCGCCUCAGCCAAGGAGUAUGCUCAGGCGAGUGCCAUUGCGCAGCAGAGCAUCGCCCAGAUCCGCACCGUGGCGGCCUACAACCGGGAGCAAGCGGCCAUGGAGCAGUACGACAAGGCGCUGGAGGGACCCAGGAGGAUGGGUAUGCGGCUGGCCUGGCUGAGCGGCGUCAGUCUGGGUGCCGUACAGUUUGUCAUGUACGGCACCUACGCGGUGGGGCUGUUCUUUGGCGCCUACCGUGUGGCCGCGGACGACUACACGGGCGGCAAGGUGCUGAUGGUGCUGAUCGCCACCCUCAUGGCGGGCUUCUCACUGGGGCAGGCCGCACCCAACCUCCAAGCCUUUGCCAAGGGCCGUGCCGCCGGGGGCCGCAUGUUCCAAGUGAUCGACCGCCGACCCGCCAUCACCGACGAGGACCCCGCCUCCCAGGACUCCACCAACUCCAACGCACCAACCGCAAACGGCCAUACCAAGUCAAACAAAACCAACUCCAACAACGUCACCGAACUCGCCAUCGUCCAGCCCCCCAGCACCGUCAGCGGUGAAAUUGAGCUCCGGGGAGUGGACUUUGCCUACCCCGCUCGUCCCGACGUGCUCCUCUUCUCCAACUUCAACCUGCAUGUGCCUGCGGGCAAGACGGUGGCGCUGGUGGGCAGCAGCGGUAGCGGCAAGUCUACUGUCGUACAGCUCAUUGAGCGGUUUUAUGACCCGCUGGCUGGGUGCGUGAUGCUGGACGGGGUGGACCUCCGCCAGCUGCCGCUCAAGUGGCUGCGUAAGCAGGUGGGCCUGGUGAGUCAGGAGCCCACUCUGUUCGCCACCUCCAUCUACGAGAACAUCGCCAUCGGCAUGCCGGGCUGCUCGGCAGACGAGGUGGAGGCGGCGGCGCGGGCCGCCAACGCGCACGGCUUCAUCUCGCACCUGCCGCUGGGCUACAAGACACAGGUCGGCGAGCGAGGCGUGCAGCUGAGCGGCGGACAGAAGCAGCGUAUUGCCAUCGCGCGUGCCAUCCUGAAGAGCCCCAAGGUCAUGCUCCUCGACGAGGCAACGUCUGCCCUGGACACCCGCUCCGAGGCCAUCGUGCAGGCGGCGCUGGACCGGCUGGUGGUGGGUCGCACCACGGUGGUGGUGGCGCACCGGCUGAGCACGAUCCAGGGCGCGGACGCCAUUGCGGUGGUGCAGGGGGGCAAGGUGGUGGAGCGGGGCACACAUGCGGAGCUGCUGAGGAACGAGAAUGGCGCCUACUCCAUCCUGGUAAAGCUGCAGAUGGAGGCGCAGCAGCGGCAGGACGGCCCCGAGGCAGCGGCCGGCGAGGAGGACGAGGUGGACGAGGUGGAGGACCUCACCCUGCCCCCUGCUUCCACAGCACCCGCACCCGCAGCCCUGGGCACCACCAGCAGCAACAUCCAAGCAGCGGCGGCGGCUCCACACAGUCACGAUCAGCAGCAGCAGCAGCGGCCUGGCAGCGCUACCGGCCGUGUGGUUUCCAUGGACUUGGGUGGGGGCUCCGCACGCAACGGCUCGGAUGCAGUGGUGGUGAUGCCCAACGCCAUUCCCUCCAACGGCACCACACCCACCGGUCAGACGCCGCCUGGAUCCGCUAAUGCAGCUGCCAAGGGCCGGACGGGCAGCGGAAAGCCGGCAGAGGAGGGGGGCAAGAAGGGCAGCCAGGAGGGUGAGAAGGAUGAGAAGAAGAAGGUGAAGGAGGAGCCGUACAAGGUGCCCUUCAAGCGGCUCAUGUCGUAUGCGGAGGGCGAGGGCAUGUCGGUGUUCCUGGGCUGCCUGGCGUCUGCGGCGGCGGGCGCGCAGCACCCUGCGUUUGCGUUUGUGAUCGCCUCCAUGGUCAACAUCUUUUACACACUCACGCCGUCGGAGCUGAAGCACGAGGCGUCCUUCUACUGCUGGAUGUUCUUUGUGAUCGCGAUGGGCGCCUUCUCGGCGCUGCUGGUGCAGCAGGCGGCGUUUGGUCGGGUGGCGCAGAAGGUGUCGGGGCGGGUGCGUGUGGCGCUGUUUGGAGCCAUCCUGCGGCAGGAGGUAGCCUGGUUCGACGACGAGGACCACGCCAGCGGCAAGCUCACCUCCAACCUGGCCACCGACGCAGCCUACGUGCGGGGGGCGGUGGGUGACGUGUUCGGCGUGGUGUUCCAGAACGUCUCUACGCUGGCGCUGGGCUACCUGGUGGCCUUUGCGUACGACUGGCGCAUGGCGCUGCUCAUCACGGGCAUCCUCCCCUUCCUCACCCUCAGCAUGUUCAUCCACCUCAAGUUCCACACCGGAUUCACAUCGGACGCCGACAAACUCUACGCGGGCGCCAACCAGAUGGUCACCGAGGCCUUCGCAUCCAUCCGCGUCAUCCACGCGUACAACCUGCAGGGCUUCGUUUCGGGGGAGUACGGCAAGAUGAUUUUGCAAGCUAACAAGAUGCUGGUACGGCAGAGCAACGUUGCGGGUAUCUCCUUCGCCUACUCCAACUUCCUCAUGUUUGGCAUGUACUCCCUGAUCAUCUACUUCAUGGGUCAUGAGAUCCGGCACGGCUGGGUGGAGUUCGGGGACGCGCUGAAAGCCUUCAUGGCGAUCCUACUGGCGGCGAUGGGCAUGGCGCAGGCCUCCCUGUCCUUCCCCGACCUGGGCAACGCCAAGGGUGCGGUGCAGCGCAUCUUCCCCAUCCUCGACCGCAAGCCGGCCAUCGACAGCGCCGACCCCGCCGGCAUCCAGCCCGACCCGCAGACCCUGCGCGGAGAGAUUGAGUUCCGCGACGUGCGCUUCGCCUACCCCUCGCGUCCCUCCGUCGUCAUCUUCAACCACUUCAACCUCACGGUGGGUGCCGGCCGCGUGACGGCGCUGGUGGGCGAGAGCGGCAGCGGCAAGUCGACGGUGGUGGGCCUCAUCGAGCGCUUCUACGACCCGCUGGCGGGAGAGGUGACGCUGGAUGGUACGGAUGUGCGGCGCUACAACCUGCGGUACCUCCGCGCGCAGGUGGGCCUGGUGAGCCAGGAGCCGCUGCUGUUCAACGGUACCAUUGCCGACAACAUCCGCAUCGGCAAGCAGGACGCAUCGCUCAAGGAACUGGAGGCGGCGGCAGAGGCGGCCAAUGCUCGCGCCUUCAUCGAGGCCCUGCCUGAGAAGUACGACACCAAGGUGGGCGAGGGCGGCAUCCAGCUGAGCGGUGGACAGAAGCAGCGCAUCGCCAUUGCCCGGGCGGUGGUGAAGAACCCCAAGGUCAUGCUCCUGGACGAGGCCACCUCUGCCCUGGACGCCCGCGCCGAGGCGGUGGUGCAGGCCGCCCUGGACCGCAUCAUGGAGGGCCGCACCUCCAUCGUCAUUGCGCACCGCCUGUCCACCAUCCGCAACGCGCACUCCAUCGCGGUGGUGUACCGGGGCUCCAUCCUGGAGCGCGGCACGCAUGAGGAGCUCAUGGCGCUGCCCAACGGCUCGUACGCACGGCUGGUGGCGGCGCAAAGCAGGGAGCCGGCGGGUGCAGCGGGGAAGGGCAAGGCGACGGCGACGGCCAGGGCGUGAAGGAAUGGGAUUCCUUUGUAGAAGUAGUAGGUGGAAGGUGGAGGAGGAGGUGGUGGGG